AUGCCUUCCAUCCGCGCCCCCUUCCUUCGUGUCAUACUCAACACUCGCCUUACCGAAAACAAUGCGGCACCAACUAGUAGUGACCUGCAGUGGCAGCCUGUUAUCGGUAUCGUAGCUGGUUUCCUGUCUAUUCUCCUCGCCGUCUACCUCCUUCAUUUAUUGUUCCAGUUCCACGCUUCAGGCAUCUCCCCUCGCAUUCCCGGAUAUGUGCUCCCUUCAGGCACUCGUCGUGUUUCGCAUUCCGUCACUGAAAGCGAGAGGUCAGGCUCGUGGCCCGACCUUUCAAGUCCAGCACCUCCCCCCUACACAGCAAGAUCGAUCGCAGCUCCCCUCUACACAAUUACAGUGCCACCUCGGUCGCUGCAAGGUGGACCAGUCCGCUAUCUGCGGAAUUACCGCCCUCCGCUGCGCCACCAUGUAGAUGAACCAAUUUCAAGAGGUUGA